AUCCAUCUUUCCUCCUGUACCCAUACCCACCCAAGACACUUUCGGGCCAGCGGAACCGAACAGGGCAGAGGAUAAACAAACAUCAACCGGUAUCCCAGCUGCAAUGGCUGUAGAGCAAGCCCUAGCACCGAACAACUCCCUUCUCCUCUUCCAAAACCCUCGUCCAGUUUCGUCUUUUCCACAGAUUUCGCUCAAGCCUGAAGCUUUACGAAGGUUAGCGUCCACGGCCCGCAUAAAAUGCUCCUUUGAUUAUAAUGGCAGUGCUAGUAGUACUGCGGCGGCUAACAGUAACGGGCUUUACGAGUACGAACGGUAUGCACCGGCGGGCCCGCAGUAUCCUAGGCCGGUUGAGAUUCAGUGGAAAAAGGAGCUCUGUAAUUCGGUGCAGCUUAUUGGUGUAAUUGGGGCUCCCGUUCAAAUCAAACACCUUCCUUCCGGAAAGGUUCUUGCUUGGUCCCGCCUCGCCGUCAAGAAAUCCCUGACCGACACACUCUGGAUUAACUUGACGUUCUGGGAUGAAAUGGCUCAUGUUGCUUUUCAACAUGUCGAGAAAGGCCAGCAAAUAUAUGUCUCUGGUCGUCUAGUCUCAGAUACAGUUGAAAAUGAUGAGGGGAAGCAGCAAACAUACUAUAAGGUAGUUGUUCAGCAACUGAACUUCAUAGAAAGGAGCCUCUCAUCUGUUCCAUUGUAUAAUGGUGAGUCCAGUUCUGCACCACCAGGGAGAAAGCAAAAUUAUUAUGCCCCAAAUUCUACUGGCUCCACAGAAGAACUCUGGCAAGCGUUCUUUGCUAAUCCAAUGGAAUGGUGGGAUAAUAGGAAGAACAAGAGGAGCCCAAACUAUCCAGACUUCAAGCACAAAGACACUGGUGAAGCCUUGUGGGUUGAGGGCAGGUACAAUCCACCAUGGGUGAAGUCGCAACUUUCUGUACUCGACUCAAGGAUGGAAUCAUUUCAUGAGCAAAAUUCUAACACGCGCGUAAAUUUUAUGUCCGUUGAUAAUCUCGGGCCCUUUUAGUUUGCUCAUCGUGCUGAUUGAGGCACGUGGUCCUAAAUCAAAUAUUGUGUAUAGUUUUGAUUGUUUACCACACCUUGGAACCGCCAUAGCAAGACUCCCAUCUUUAUGCUUGUACAAUCAUGUCAAAGUAUUACAGUGUGAGGUUCUCUUUGCUUUUUUAAUUAUUGGUAUUGUAGUUUUCUUUUAUCUCUUAUCUAUUAGGCACACUUCAUGAUUUCAAUCAUUAAUGAUCAUUUCAAGAAA